AUGGCUUCCGUGCGCUUCCCUGAUGACAACCUCGAUGUGCCGGAUAGCGAGAUCCAGGAGACUCCCAGCAACAUCUCAAAACCUACCAAGCGGCAAAGAUGGGCUACUACGCGGCACGCCGGCUCCGGUGGCGUGCGGAAACGUGUCUCCAUCAUCGACCGCUUUCACAAACGGUCGGAUGUGAGAGACGAGAAGCGUAGGUCCACCGGUGCCAGCUCGACAACCGAUAAUGCCUCCACGAGCGGCGAGGAAUCCUCUGGGCUUGACUCGAACCGAACGAUUUACUUCAACAUCCCGAUCCCCGAAUCCGAACGCGAUGAAGAAGGCCACCUGAAAUUCACCUAUCCCAGGAACAAGAUCAGGACGGCCAAGUACACUGCCUUGACCUUCGUUCCGAAGAACGUGUGGCUACAGUUCCACAACAUUGCGAACAUCUACUUCCUGUUCGUUAUUAUUCUCAACUUCUUUCCCAUUUUCGGUGCCGACAACCCGGGCCUGAACGCCGUCCCGCUGAUUGUCAUUAUUGUGGUGACUGCGAUCAAAGAUGCGAUUGAAGAUUGGGGGCGAACUGUCGUGGAUAACCAAGUGAACAACUCCCCCGUCUACCGACUGGUCGAAUGGAGUAACGUGAACUCGACCGAAGAUAGCAUUGGGCUCUGGCGUCGGGUCAAAAAGGCGAGCACUCGUGGCACGAUCGCUUCGUACAAGUGGAUGAAACGCGUUUUCAACAAAAAGAACGGUGAAACGGCGGAUGCCGAGGAUGACCAGCGACGCGAGUCUUUCCUAACCACGGCGACCCCUCGAGCAUCGGUUUAUUCGCAUCGCGAUUCCAUGGCUGCCGACGUCGCGAUCCCGAUGACCGAUGUUCCUUCCCCCCAGCCCGAAGCCCGCGAAGAGUGGCCGAGCCAUCCCGAGAACAAGUACCUCUCUCCCGAUAGUGCCGCCCGCGAGAGUGUGGUGGCUCCGUCGCCCGACAAGAAAACCGGCACCGUGGUGGACCAAACCAAGGUGACACCCGGCAAGGCUCGGUUCAAGCGUGACUACUGGAAGAACAUUCAAGUCGGUGACUUCGUUCGAUUGUACAACGAAGAACCAAUCCCCGCCGAUAUUGUGAUUCUCUCUACCUCCGACCCCGAUGGAGCGUGCUAUGUUGAAACAAAGGGGCUGGACGGCGAGACGAACCUGAAGGUCCGGCAUGCUCUCCACUGUGGUCGUCAGGUCCGACAUGCCCGGGACUGCGAGAGGGCCGAGUUCACCAUAGAGAGCGAGGCGCCUCAUCCCAACCUGUACAGCUACAACGGUGCGAUUCGCUGGGAUCAGCGUGAUCCGCGGUUCCCCGAAGCUCCCCGCAAGGAGAUGGUAGAGCCCGUAACGAUCAACAACAUGUUGCUUCGUGGUUGCUCCCUGCGCAGUACAGAGUGGGUCCUCGGCGUGGUUGUUUUCACCGGCGGAGAGAGCAAGAUCAUGCUUAACUCUGGUGCGACGCCUGCCAAACGUGCUCGCCUGGCUAAGGAUCUGAAUUGGAACGUUAUCUACAACUUCAUUAUUCUGUUCAUCAUGUGUCUUGUCACUGGUAUAGUGAACGGAUUCGCAUGGGGUGCACCGGACAAGUCUUUAGACUUUUUCGACUACGGUUCCUACGGAGGCACGCCCCCUGUCACAGGUAUUAUCACCUUUUGGACGGCUGUCAUCUUGUUCCAGAACUUGGUUCCUAUCUCUCUCUACAUUUCUCUUGAAAUUGUUCGGACCAUCCAAGCAGUUUUCAUUCACAGUGACCUUUACAUGUACUACGAAAAGUUGGGACUCUAUUGCGUGCCCAAGUCGUGGAACAUUUCGGAUGAUGUGGGACAAGUUGAGUACAUCUUCUCCGACAAGACCGGUACUUUGACCCAGAACGUCAUGGAGUUCAAGAAAGCUACGGUCAACGGUGUGUCUUAUGGUGAAGCGUAUACAGAAGCACAGAUUGGCAUGAGGCGCCGCGAAGGUGCCAAUGCCGACGAAGAGGCUGCCCAGGCUCGCGCACAGAUUGCUGCUGACGGAGUCAGGAUGCUAGAAGGCCUCCGUCGUAUCCACGAUAACCCGUACCUGAAGGACGAGAACUUGACUUUCAUUGCUCCGAACUACAUCGACGAUAUUGCAGGGCAAUCCGGCGAGGAGCAGAAGAAGGCUGUAGAGCAUUUCAUGCUUGCUCUGGCCGUCUGUCACACCGUCAUCACCGAGCAUACCCCGGGCGAUCCUCCUCAGAUCGAAUUCAAGGCACAGUCGCCCGACGAAGCUGCCUUGGUCAGCACUGCUCGCGACUGCGGCUUCACUGUCCUCGGUCGCGCUGGUGAUGACUUACUCCUGAACAUCAUGGGUGAAGAACGCACGUACACCGUCUUGAACACCCUCGAGUUUAACUCUUCCCGAAAGCGAAUGAGCGCGAUCAUUCGCAUGCCUGAUGGUACCAUUCGUCUCUUCUGCAAGGGUGCAGACAGCGUCAUCUAUUCUCGCCUGGCUCGUGGCAAGCAGCAGGAGCUUCGACGGAAGACUGCCGAGCACUUGGAAGAAUUCGCCAAAGAGGGUCUCCGAACCUUGUGUAUUGCUGAUAAACUCCUCAGUGAGGAUGAGUACCACACUUGGGCUCGAGAGCACGACAUUGCCGCCGCCGCGAUCACCGACCGUGAGGAGAAGUUGGAGAAGGUCUCAAGCGAGAUCGAACAAGACUUGAUGCUCAUCGGCGGUACUGCUAUCGAGGAUCGACUCCAAGACGGCGUUCCGGAUACCAUUCAGUUGCUUGCGGAUGCUGGUAUUAAGCUAUGGGUUUUGACUGGUGACAAGGUCGAGACUGCCAUCAAUAUUGGUUUCUCGUGCAAUCUUCUCAACAACAACAUGGAGCUGAUUGUUCUCAACAUCGCCGAGGACCAGCGAGAGCAAGCUAAUAUGGAGCUUGACAAGCACCUGCAGACUUUCGGCUUGACUGGCUCCGACGAAGAAUUGGUCGCUGCCCGUCGCAACCACACACCACCCGAAGCCACGCAUGCAGUGAUUGUCGAUGGAGAAACCCUCAAGCUCAUGCUUGACGAUGAGCUGAAGCAGAAGUUCCUCUUGCUUUGCAAGCAGUGCAAGGCUGUUCUGUGCUGCCGUGUCAGUCCGGCUCAGAAAGCUGCUGUUGUCAACAUGGUCCGUCAUGGUUUGAACAUCAUGGCCCUUUCCAUUGGUGAUGGCGCCAACGAUGUCGCUAUGAUUCAAGAGGCCGAUGUCGGUGUUGGUAUUGCAGGUGAGGAAGGCAGGCAGGCCGUGAUGUCCUCCGAUUAUGCUAUUGGACAGUUCCGAUUUCUCCAGCGUCUGCUUCUUGUGCACGGUCGAUGGUCCUAUCGUCGCCUGGGAGAAUGCAUUGCCAACUUCUUCUAUAAGAACCUGGUAUGGACUUUCGCCCUCUUCUGGUAUUGUAUCUACAACGACUUCGACGGCUCCUAUCUCUUCGAUUAUACCUAUAUCGUUCUGGUCAACUUGGCGUUUACCUCGCUGCCUGUUAUCUUUAUGGGUAUCUUCGAUCAGGAUGUCGAUGACAAGGUCUCGCUGGCAGUGCCUCAGCUCUACAUGAGAGGCAUUGAGCGCAAGGAAUGGUCACAACUCAAGUUUUGGCUGUAUAUGGCCGAUGGCUUGUACCAAUCGGUGAUCUGCUUUUUCAUGCCCUACAUGCUAUACCAAGCAGCGAACUUUGCCACCGAAAGUGGCCGUGAUAUCAACGAUCGAACGCGUAUGGGUGUCCUGGUGGCGACUUGUGCCGUGCUUUCUAGCAACACGUACAUCAUGAUGAACACCUACCGCUGGGAUUGGUUCACGGGUUUGAUCAACGUGAUCAGUUCCCUUCUGAUCUUCCUCUGGACCGGUAUUUACUCUUCGUUCACCUCGUCGGGCCAGUUCUACCAGUCGGCUGCCGAGGUUUACGGUGCGCUGAGUUUCUGGGUUGUGCUGCUCGUAACAUGCAUAAUCUCUCUGCUCCCUCGCUUCACAUACAACGCUGUUCAAAAGGUCUUUUUCCCACUCGAUGUUGAUAUCAUCCGCGAGCAGGUGACCAUGGGCAAGUUCAAGCAUCUGGACGCAUAUGAUGAUGUUUUGCCCCCAAAAGCGGGGGAGGUGGCCGCCGUCUCGAGUGAUGAGUCGGCCACCUCCUCGGAAAUAACGAAGCCCAUUCAACCCAUCAUGAAGCAAGAUCCUUUCAACCCCGAUGAAGAGCAGUCUUUCUACUCGCCUUCCGUCGCUCACACCAACGGCCACAAUCCCCGCAGUCAGAACGGUAGCAAUGGCACCAACUACACCGCGAGCAUCGAUCAGCACCCGAGGCCACAGCCGGUGGACUACUUGCGACGAUCUCAUGACCGGACUCGUCAUUCCUUCGAACGGGGGCGGCAAAGUUUCGAGCAAAGCAACGACUUCACCUCGGCCGCUAUGCUUCAGCGAAUGGAAUCCAGCCACAUGCACGAGCCUGCCCAGGAUCCCUUCCAAGCACCCGGCGAGCUUCCUGGACAUAACAUGAUUUGA